CAGACUCAUGGCUGGAACUGGAUUGGGAUAAGCCCCAUUUUUAAAGUUUUAAGAGACCGGCGAGGGAGAGAGCACUUCUCUCUCUCUCUCUAACACACACACACCAUGUCCACUGUGUCAUCCAUUUCCUCCCUCCUGCCCGCACAUCUGUCCUUCCGCGCAUCCAACCAACUCACAAAACUAACCUCCUCCUCCUCUCUCAUCAACCUUAAAACCCCAUUUUCUCUCUGUGCAACUCUCCACCACAACCCCUCAAGCUCAAAAAUCAGAGCCAAAGACUCAAACCUGGACACCUCCUUCUUUGACGAACUAGACCCCGAACAGGAAAUAGCCUUUGAGCAACCAUCCCCACCUGAAGGCUGGGUAAAACCACCUCCUUUCUAUGAACUCCCCCCUGAAACUGAAGAGGAAAUUGCAGGUGCUUAUGAAGAGAUAUAUGGGCCUGCUUACAGUGGGGAGAGUGUUUUGGGCAAUGACAUUUAUGUGAUGGAUGCUAAGGUGAAGAAGAGUGUGGGGUUUGGGAAGAAGAAGAAAGAGAAAGUGAGAGAUGGGUUUGAAGAGAGAGUGGUUCAGGUGAGGAGGGUGACUAAGGUUGUGAAGGGGGGGAAGCAGCUUUCAUUUAGAGCAAUUGUGGUUGUUGGGGAUAAGCAGGGGCGUGUUGGGGUGGGUGUUGGGAAGGCCAAGGAGGUCAUUUCUGCUGUUGAGAAGUCUGCCACCAAUGCCAGGAGGAAUAUUGUCACUGUGCCUAUGACAAAGUACUCUACAUUUCCUCACAGGGCUGAUGGAGAUUAUGGAGCGGCAAAGGUGAUGCUGAGACCUGCUUCACCCGGUACUGGUGUCAUUGCAGGGGGUUCAGUACGUAUCGUGUUGGAAAUGGCGGGUGUGGAGAAUGCAUUGGGGAAGCAACUUGGCAGUAAUAAUGCACUCAAUAAUGCAAGGGCUACUCUUGUCGCAGUCUCUAAUAUGAGGCAAUUCCGGGAUGUUGCUCGUGAGCGUGGGAUCCCAAUGGAAGAGCUCUGGAAGUAAUCGACCCUUGCUGUGUUUAGAUCCGCGGGGUGUUUUGCCAUGAAUUUUUGUAACUUGAGAACUUGGAAAGCUUGGAAUUAUGAUUUGGUUGUUCCUUCUGUAUUUUGUUUUUGAGUUUCAAUGCAGAAAGAAUGCUUAAUUUGCUUCCAAAAAAGCAUUUCUCAGUUAUAUUAUCCCCAUAUACACUCCUUAAAUAAGUGAACGAACACACGCACCCACUGAUUAUGUGAUUGUGUUUGUGUGAAUAUUCAUUGUUUCCUAUGUUCAUUUUGUAUAUGUAUCAGAAAUAUAUCUCUAUGAUUCAUAAAUGACAUACUGCUAGCUUACAUGAUU